CUUGUUGCUUUUCGCGCAGCAAAAAGUUUACAUUCUUGUUUUGAAAUUCUAAUUAAAGCAGAAAAGCUGUCAAUUAACAAGUUAACACAGAAAUAACAAUAACAAUAACGAAAACUUGUUUUCAGUCCAAAAACCCCGAACAGCAGUUUAGUCAGCAAAACUUCGCACGAGUCGAUUUUGAGUCAUUUUUUAAGCGAAGCAAGUUGUGAUUUUUUUUUAAUUUUACAUUAAAGUUGAAUUCUUUGCUCUUACUUGAGUUCAGUUGCGUUCAAGCCGUAAAACUGGGUGCACGUAUUAUGUCCGCUGGUCGCGUUUUCAUUUAUGGAGGGAAGGGAGCCCUUGGCUCGGCCUGCGUUGAGCAUUUCAAAGCCAAAGACUACUGGGUUGGCAGCAUUGAUUUGAGUGAAAAUGAAAAGGCAGAUAUUAGCAUUGUCGUGCCACGCGAUUCGAGUUGGGAGGAUCAGGAAUCCUCUGUGGUAAGCCAGGUGGGCAACUCUCUGGCUGGUCAAAAACUGGAUGCUGUGAUCUGUGUGGCUGGUGGCUGGGCUGGUGGUAAUGCCAAGAAAGAUUUGGCCAAGAAUGCGGAUCUGAUGUGGCGGCAAAGCGUCUGGAGCAGCUGCAUCUCAGCCACAUUGGCUGCGCAGCAUUUGAAGGAAGGCGGUUUACUGGCGCUGACAGGUGCCAAGCCUGCCUUGGAGGGCACGCCCGGUAUGAUUGGCUACGGCAUGGCCAAGGCUGCAGUGCAUCAGCUGACACGCUCGCUGGGUGGCGAAAAUUCCGGCUUGCCCAUCGAUUCGCUUGUUCUUUCCAUUCUACCUGUUACCUUGGACACGCCAAUGAAUCGCAAAUGGAUGCCUAAAGCGGAUUUCAGCAGCUGGACACCUGUUGCUGAGGUAGCUGAACUCUUUGAAAAGUGGACGCAGUGCAAAGACCGACCGAAAACCGGUUCGUUGCUGCAGCUGAUCACGAAAAAUGGCAUUACGGAACUCAUUCCGGUGGAGUAGACUAUCAAGAUUCCAGAUUCUCAAACAAACUAAUACUGAUACAU